AAAAUGUUUCAAGUUCCCGUGGAAAAUCUGGACCACAUCAGAAGUAUGCGGCCAUGGGUAAAGAGCGUUCUUCUGAAUAUUGGACUUGCUGACUGCAAAGAGUUGUUGAAGGAUCUUAAAGGCUUUGGUCCAAGUGACAGGUACUUUUAUAAUACAUCUUGGCCAGAUAUGGCUUCAAGGGAACUUGUCAGAAAGAAAGUGAGAUACAGAACCAAGCCAUACUGCUGUAGCCUCUGCAAAUACUCAGCAAAUGUUCAUGCUUCUCUCAAAAAUCAUUUGAAUCAUUGUCAUGAAGAUGAGCUGGACCAAGAGCUGCAGAUCCAGUGUCCAGAUUGCUCAUUUGCUUCUCGUCCUGAUGUGGUGAGCAGGCACUACUUGUUGUUCCAUGAGCCUGCUGAGAAAGUUCACAGCCCCAAAGAGAAAGUUCUGGGCAAUGGGAAGUCAUUGAAGGGUUAUGUGAAACAGUUCACUUGUUUAAAAUGUAACUUUUCCAUCACUUCCUUCAGUAGCAUGAAGAAGCAUGUGCUGAUCACCCAUUUUCAUUCUUUACUUAAUGCCUACAUUGGCCUUCAAAGUAAAGAAGACCAACAGCAGCCAACAGCUGCUUCUCUUUCUGGGGCAAACACUCUACCACCUGAAAGAUUCUACUGUAAAAAGUGUAGUACCAAUGUGAAUACCCAGGAAGAGCUGAUGUCCCAUAUUUUAACAUCAGAUGUACACAAGAAUUUGGACAAUAAGUUGAGGUCUGUGAUUUCUGAACAUAACAAAAGGACUGGGUUUCUGAAGCAAGUGGCCAUUGCUCUGAAGCCACAGGCAGACUUGUCCAGACCACCAAACAGCAGUGCUACACACACAACUGCUUCAGCAAAGCCACCUUGGUCCCAUCUUGCCUUGUCACAGAACACUCCAAGUCCAGCCCUGGUACAGCCAGUGACUUUGGCCCAACCUGUGAUUUCUGCCAAUGUACAGCCACAGAUAAGUGUCCCAGGUUCUUCCUGGAGCCUCACCCAUUGUCUGUCUGAUACUACUCAAUCCCGUGUGACUUUUGUCUCCAGCCCUCUACCUGUUAGCCAGACCAGCCUCACACUGCAGUCUUCAGCUCCCUCAACUGUCAUUUUCUCAGGCAGGGUUUCACCUAAUAAGCUUGUAGACCCUCCUGCACUGCCUGUGAGUCAGCCACUUAGGCCUGUGAAUAAGUCUGUUGGAAUGAGUAAUCUCCCAAUGAGUCAAACCAUCCAACCUGGAAUUUUACCCUUACCACAGCCCAUAGGGUCUACAAGUCUACCUGUGGGUCCUCCAGUCAGAUCAGUGGGGCUUACAAGCAGUAAUGGGGUUCUGCAGACCAUAUCACCAAGAACUAUUUCUGUGAGUCAGGUGGUCUCCUUGGCAGUCCUUUCUGAAGGUCAAAUGACCUCUGCCUCUGUGAUUCCUGCACAGACAGCAGCUUCUGGGGUUCUUCCCACUGGCCAAGCAGUUCAGUCCAGGGUUUUCCGUGUAGGUCAGACAGUCGCAUCACAGAUUCUCCCCUCUUGUCAGAAAGUGUCCUUUAGGGUUCUCCCUGCAGAUCAAUUGGCAACAUCUGGGUUGCUGGCCCCCAAACAGCUGGUGGUCUCAGAUGUUCCUGUAAACCAGGGUAUGAGCUUUCAUAGUCCUCUGCUUGGUCACCCUGUUACAUCAGGAGUCCUUCCUGCAAGUCCACCAGUUAGACCAAGUGUAUGUCAGCUCAGUCAGUCUGUUGGGCCCAGUAUCCUGCCAGUGAGCCAGUCAGUGAGAGCUGAAACUUCACAGAAUACCAUGUUCCUCAAGUCAGGCUCUAGUUUUAGGAAGCUCCUUCCGACAGGAACACAGGUUAAUGGGAAGCCCAUUUACAUGCUGGACCCCAUUCCUGUCACUCUGCCUAUUCCUCAGGGUGCUAGCCUCAUGACUAUCACUCCAUCCAGGGGGCCUAACAAAUUCCUAUCGCCUAGUGUGGGUACACAGAUGUUCAGUGCUCUACCUAACUUGUCUUCCUCACAGGGGCUGGUAAGCACGACAGACCAGAACAUAUUUGUUCAGGUCUCUUCACCUGAGGUCAGACAGACCAACCAGUGGAAAAUCUGCCCAGUUUGCAAGGUGUUCUUUCCAUCUAAUGUCUACCAGGCUCACAUGGAAGUGGCUCACAAACAAAGUGAGUUUAUCUCCAGUGAGGAACUUGAACCAGUAAAGCUAGCAGUGUGUGCACCAUUUCUGAAAUGGACAAGAGAGAAGGCCAUGCGUUGCCUCUCCUGUAAAUGCUUAGUUUCAGAGGAGGAGUUAAUGUAUCACUUAUUUACACAUGGCUUGGGGUGCCUGUUUUGCCCAUGUAUUUUCCACAGCAUUCAGGAUCUUUUGGAGCAUAGCAGAAUUAAACACCUUGGGAGGAAGAAGCUGCCUUUGAAUUAUAGUAAUAGGGGCUCCCAAUUAAGUCUAGAUGCUAAUGGCAACCUGUUGUUCCCCCAACUUGAUUUCAUCAUCAGUCUUCCAAAAGAGAAGAUUGGAGAACAGGAGAUCUGCCUAGCUAUCCUUUCAGGGAUAUAUUCCACAUCACUGGUGCCCUUGUAUAUUAAGGUUAGGCCUCAGGUUAAGGCUGUAUCUAAGCUCAGUGAACAAGAGCUGACCUGUCCCCUCUGUUUGAGCACAUUCAUUAUAGCCGAUGCCUACAUGUUACAUUUGAAGGACAGACACCAUAUUAUUCCAGUGGCCUAUACAGUGCUCAGUUCUCCUGCCUUCAGGUGUGUCCAUUGUUGUGGAGUCUAUUCUGGAAACCUGACUAUGGCAGCCAUCUCACUUCAUUUGCUGUAUUGUGAAUAUGCUACUAAAGGCAACAGCUCAGAUGAGCAAGUUCAGUCCAGUUUUGUUGAGAGCAGUGAACAACACUUUGUUAGUGGGGAAAAGAUUUCUGAUUCUGCCUGUCCCGUAAAAAGAAAGUGGCCAGAUGACCAUUUCAGGGCAGAAGAUCAUAGGAGGGAUGGGAAAGAUUCCUUGCAUGUACUAAAGGAUAAUGCAGCAUCAGAUCCAGAAGAAGGGACUAGUGCUGUGCCUUUGAAGAGACAAAGAAAUGAAAGCACAACUCAGGGACUAGUGGUCAAUGAUGAUUUACUCCAGAUUCUAGCAUUAGAUCCCCAAAAGUACAAAGGAUACCAUGAGAAAAAAAAGCAGUUUCUUAAAGAUUAUUUCCAUAAAAAACCAUAUCCUACCAGAAAAGAAGUAGAACUCUUGUCUUUAUUCUUGAAGAUGGAAAAAAUUAAUGUGGCUUUGUUUUUUGGAACAAGAAGAUAUAUCUGCUUGAAAGCAAUAGAAGUCCACAGACCCUCAGUACUUCUAGGUUUUGAUAUGUCUGAACUUAAAAAUGUUAAACACAGACUGAACUUUGAACCACAACACUCAGUUUAA